GCCUCCCCUACUUGCGGUGUGUAACGACGAGAUGAAGAGCGGCUUCAGCGGUGUAUUCGGACAGACAAUCUUUUACGUCACCUAAUAAACAUAUCAUCAGCAUUAGACUCACCUAUUCGAUUCGGCACGGGUAACAUCAUACUUACUGCCAAGAUGGCAAUACUCGACCGUAUCCCAUUAACUUGGGCAGUGGUCGCCGGAUUUAUUGUCAUCGCAGCUUACUUCGUUUAUCCAUAUUUCACGACCUACGGUCACCUCGGAAAUAUCCCAGCUCCCUUCCCAGCACAGUUCACCAAUUUCUGGCUACUUUAUGUAUGUAGGCGAGGAAAACGAUAUCUUGCCGUAGACGAGGCCCACAAGAAGUUGGGCCCUAUUGUGCGGAUCCAACCGAACCAUAUUAGCGUCGCCGACGAUGAAGCCAUUCAAAUCAUCUACGGCCAUGGCAAUGGGUUUCUAAAAUCAGAUUUUUAUGAUGCUUUCGUGUCGAUCAGACGGGGUCUCUUCAAUACUAGGGACCGAGAUGAACAUACUCGGAAGAGGAAGUUGAUCUCUAGCACCUUUGCUCCGAAGGCCGUGCUCCAAUUCGAGCCUUAUAUCCACCAAAACCUCGAGGUAUUCGUCAAGAGGUGGGACGGAUUAGUCGCACAAUCAACUGGAGAAGAUAAGGCCGCGCAUAUCGACUGUCUGAAAUGGUUCAAUUACGUCGCCUUUGACACGAUCGGGGACCUAGCCUUCGGCGCACCAUUCGGUAUGCUAAAAGCCGGGGCUGAUAUCGCCGAAGUGCGUAUGGCCGUCGACGCUCCACCUAUCUACGCUCCCGCCGUCGAGAUCCUCAAUCGUCGGGGCGAGGUCUCGGCUACUCUCGGAUGUUACCCAUCACUCAAGCCAUACGCAAAAUAUCUCCCCGAUCCAUUCUACAGCAAGGGUCUCGCCGCCGUACAGAACCUAGCCGGAAUCGCCAUCGCGCGCGUCAAGGAGCGUCUCGAGAACCCACCAGAUGUAAACCGGAAGGACCUCCUAACCCGACUACAAGAAGGCCGCGACGACAAAGGUGAACCCCUCGACUUCGAAGAACUAACCGCCGAAGCUCUAACCCAACUUAUCGCUGGCUCUGACACUACAUCCAAUUCCUCCUGCGCGUUGUUAUACCACGUCACGCGCACACCCGGUGUGUUACAAAAAUUGCAGCAAGAACUCGACACCGCCAUCCCGGAUAACGAAAACGUUAAAGUGCCGGAGUACGAAACAAUACGUAACCUGCCGUACCUCCAAGCCGUAGUCAACGAGACUUUGCGCAUUCACAGCACCUCCGGCAUCGGACUCCCGCGUAUCAUACCGCCUAACUCCGACGGUGUAUGGAUCCGGGGGUACUACUUUCCACCGGGCACCGUACUCAGCGUACCCACAUAUACCAUGCACCACUCGCGCGAGAUUUGGGGCCGGGAUGCCGACGAAUUCCGCCCUGAACGAUGGCUUGAAGACGAAGGUCAAGGUGGAUUAACAGCGAGGCAGAAAAAUGCGUUUAUACCGUUUAGCACCGGACCACGCGCUUGUGUGGGAAGGAAUGUGGCUGAGAUGGAGAUGAAGAUGAUUGCGGCGACUUGGGCGAGGAGGUAUGAUGUCUUUUUAAGGCAGCAGGGGAUGCGUACUAGAGAGGGGUUCUUAAGGAAACCGUUGGAGUUGGAGAUUGGGCUUAGGAGAAGAUGAGGGGGUGGGGGGCUGGGCGAGGUAUGUAUGGUAGAAUGUGGGUAUGAGGGAAGGAAGUGUGUGACUUUUUACGACGAUAUGAUAUUUCGCUGGGCUUUACGAAAUACGCCAUGGGUUUCAUGUUUCAUUAUUUCAUGAACAAGGCAUCGGUAGGGAGGAGGAUUGAUCGGCUACCCGCUAACUUGUUGGCGGACGCUUCUCUUUCGAGCUCUUCGAAUAUUACGUUACUAUAUCUCUACUCCGGCAGUUAGAGAAUCCGGCUUUGGAAGUAAAGAUGACUCAACCAUAUUAUCACCAGGAGUCUUAACAUAUCCCGUUAGGGUUUUUGGUAAAUAUCACUACUUAUUCUAUUGAGAAAUGACCUCAUAUUUCCCAUUCAACUGUAUUGCCCCCUCAACCUGCUUCACCCAAGGCGGUCUCCUCUCAACAUAAACCUCAAUAGCAGGAGGCCUGUC